AUACUGUCACUUUAACGUUGUGCGGACUACAGCCACGAUGGGAGUUCUGAUACUCAAUCAAGACAAGUUUUCAGAGCUCUCAUCCCCGGAGACUUAUCUCUAGAGAGGAAACGAAGAGAAGGAGCUCCCUCGCAUGAUUGCCACGCAGGAUGUCAGUGUUGCUGAAAAGCCGGUAAGACCGUGCAAAGUGAGUUUGCCUAUGAGAGAGCUGCCGAUUCAGCAUCACACAAAGGGAUCUACUGGAGUUCACGGUCACUGGCUUUGAAUGUCAUAAACAGCUCGGACUCCUCAACAGAAUGGAUCACUUCGCAGCAGAGUGCCUUGUGUCAAUGUCCAGCCAGGCAAUUGUCCACGGUCCAAAAGGGAAUAGAGAAACCAAGCCCGAAACUGCGGCUGCACAGAGGAACGGAGAAGAAGCCAAGGAGCCUUUGAAAGACAACUCCUCUUUAUUUGUGGUGGCGAGAAUUCUGGCGGAUUUUAAUCAGCAGACGCCCGCCAAUUUUGCCGAGCAGGCAAAAAUAAAGGAGGAGAGCACGCCGCCAACUGCAACCCCGAGCGGGGAUGAUGGGAACUCUGCCACACCUACCGCCAUCCCCGGCGACUCUGCUCUUAAACAAAGGGGCAAGCGAUUUAGGGGUCGAGUUGAGCACGACGCCCCUCAGAAAAAGCACAAAUGCCACUAUUCAGGUUGUGAAAAAGUUUAUGGCAAAUCGUCCCAUCUCAAAGCCCACCUAAGGACGCACACAGGAGAGCGCCCCUUUCCCUGCACCUGGCCCGACUGCAGUAAGAAGUUUGCUCGCUCUGAUGAGCUGGCACGGCACUAUCGCACCCAUACGGGUGAGAAGAAGUUUGGCUGCCCCCUGUGCGACAAGCGAUUCAUGCGGAGCGACCACCUGAUGAAACAUGCACGCCGUCACUCCGACUUCCAGCCAGCCAUGCUGAAGAGGCAGCACGGUGGAGGAAACGCCGCAGUCUCGAGCAGCAUGCGUCCUGGCUCCCUCAGCGAUUACAGUCGAUCCGACGCCUCGAGCCCCACCCUUAGCCCUGCCCUCAGCCCAGCCAACUCGCCUUAACCUGGCCGCACUUUCAGCCCACAGCGCCUGGGUCUCCAGGCUGAUUUUUACUUCUCUAUCCAUCUUUUUCUUUUCCCCAAAAAAAUUGCUGGCGUAACAAGCGCCCAGGCUAAACCCCGUCGCUUGCUGUGGUGUACUGUACAUAACUGCUUCUUGUAGUGCAAUUUUCUCGUGCAACCCUUAAAAGAGGAAAAAUACACAAAAAGAAAAUGCCUUUCCCACAUGGCAAUAUUUACAUGAUGUACCAUAUGUCUGUAUUUUUAUAGCUUCUGGCCACAGCCUCUUUCCAUUACGUCCUUUUGCCGUUUCUUUCAUAUACACCCGCUCUCUUCGAGUGAACUAAACAGUUGAAAGGUUUGACAGGUAAAGAUGUUCCUUUUUUGAUUUUGUUUUAUUUAAAACGGGUGAGGGAGAGGGGCACACAUACACCUCAGGAUUCAGAACAGUUUCUUUCUCCUUUAAUACUCACAUUGACUGCACAAUACGAGCAUCACUUUACUCUGAAAUUCAACAGAGGUUGAAUUUUACGCCCUGCUCAGGGAUGGCCUUGUUAGCUUGAAAGAAUGAACAUGAUGAAGAUAAACAUACAUUAAGAGACAGCCUUACACUCGGACAAAAGGAAACUUUGCACUCUUUUUUUGGGGGGUUGGUCGGUAUUCACAUCAGGGGAAGCAAAUUCUGUGUCAAUCAUACUCUAUAUUAAUGUUAUCGUUUUUUUUUCUUAAGAGUGUCAGAAUCACUUGCUAGAUACGAAAGGGUCGAGGGAGGGGUGAUUCUGUCUUGAAUGACUGGAAGUGACUUUAAUUGCGACAUUGCGAUAACCCUGUACACACACAGUCAGGACUGUGCUGGCCCGGGUCCAAGUUCGAAAGGGAAUCCUCUCAGUAUAGCACGAAUGUCAUGAUCGGUCCUCUUUUACAUGCUUGAGCCGCCCGAUGAGGAGAACAGGCAGGACCACUUCUCUCAGUGGACUAAGCUAAGCUCCCCUCGACAAUUUGGAGGCUGAAGUUUCAAAGCAGCUGUUUCCUCGAUAAAAACAGCACAUUCAUCAACUGCAGGGUUUUUUACUACAGUACGACACGUUCAAAAGGGACUCGUCUGGAUAUAUACGCCUACUUGACUCGAAGAUAAAAAAUAAGCACACGAACAGAAUCCACCAAAGACCAAGGUGUGAAUGAGAGAACAGAGAGGUUUUUUUUUUACUCUCUCCAGAGGAAGACGGGGGGGAGGGAGGGAUGUUGGCAUUCUCUCAGGUAACAGCAGAAGUCCUGGCCCUUUGCCGUCCGCAGAGCUCCAUCUGCAGAGGCCCUCCACUUAGGAAACUGCAUCAUCCUACACAGGGCUAUUCAUAGCACACUAGCCGGGGAGACGAGAGCCAUUAGAGCGAAGUUUUACGCACUCCGUCUCGCUCUUGCUGAUGAGAAGGAGUGGGCGUACGAGAGCAAUGGAUGGAGGGCCAGAGAGAGAAAGAAAAAAA